UCCAGUUGCGCGCUCUUCCUCUUCAGCCUGCAAACGAUUUCGGAGCCGUCAAGGAACGGCGUCGGCCCCACUUGAGUAGACCCUCUCUUACACGUGGCCAUGACACUUCACUAAUCAUUCCAUCAAGACACCGCUCUAUUGGUGCCUUGGCUAUCGCCAAAUUGAAUUCUGGCCUUUGGAAAACGUGUUAUGGUCAGUUAAGGUAUUAAACCGCUGCUGUUAGCCGUCUAAUAACGAUACUAUCAUCAAUUCGAUUCUUGUGAAAAGGAAGAAAUUGUUGUAAAGAACUGGAAGGCUUUUUCUUUUUCCUGAAAAGGAUGCAGUGAUUCUGGUAUUAUUAGAAGUUGAAGUUCAGAAUUCCUAUCAAAGGAUCUGGAAGAUCGAAAAGCUGUGAAUGUAAGAAAUAAUCGUCGUCAUAGGUUCUUCAGGAAAGAAGUUGUCGAAAAAAUAAGCGUGUUUGCAAAUCAAGCAAAUCUACUCUUUCAUUCUCAUUGAGAGUGUGUGACAAAGAUAUCUUCACCGUUGUUUUAACUCCUGAACUCUUAGAAGUCAACACUGAUAAAGACAAGACUCCAAUCUGUGGAAUUGUUACAGCAUAAAUUUGGUGGCAUCAUCAAUAUCUACAAAUCAAAGCUUCUGUUUGAAGAAUUCUUAAGAAUUCACCAAAUGAAUUGGAAUCCAAUGCCAGUAUAUGAAUCCUAAAUGUGACACAUUUUUUCCAAGGAGAAUCUGAACUCAAAACUAUCAUCUUUAGAAAAUCAUUUGUUCCAUCUGAUGACAGCUUUGUCAAAGUUAAAAAAAAACAUUAUUGAGGAGGAGAUUAGAAAGUGACAUUCAAGAUUUUACGAUAUCCGAAAGCAUUUUAAAUCAUUUGGAUGAGAAUAAAAGAAAAAAUUAACUAUCAAAAAUGGAAUUUUUUCUUCCAUUUGAAUCAAUGAAAAUAAACUGAGAUUUUCUUUUAAAAUAAUAUGGCAUUUGAAUCCUUUUAGAUUGGUGAAAUUAUCUACGUAAAGUAUCCUUUUAAAAAGCAAGAAGAUUACCAAGCCAUUUAUUUUCCAUUAAGAGAUUCUCUAAGUCAAAAGAAAACGACUGGCAAUGGCAACAGCGGUAUCAUUUGCAUAGCAUUUAAAGUAACCAAUAACAUUCUAGAAAAUGGUUGGUAAAUAAUUCCGAUUCCUCUCCCCCACCUCUGCGUCCGGACAGUAAUUAAUGAGUCGACCCUUCCGGCAUCAUAAAAGCAAGCAGCCGGAAGCAGUUCUGCCAAUGUCAAGAAGAAAGAGGAGUUCGAUUUUAUUUUGUUACUCUCAAAUAAAAAGAUCUUGUAGCUUCCGGUUACGAGUGUGAUAGAGUUUUUCCGGAUGUAGUCUCUUGGAGCUCAUUCACAUUUCACGCAUUUCCUGGAAGUAAAUUGGGUCUGGAGUGAGCGUCCCCAUCUCGAGUCAAUCAGCUGAACAUUGAAAAAAACGAACACGUGGUUGCUGCUCUGAUUUUUAACGGUGCUAAAAACCAAUGUGUAAAAAUGUGGCUUUGUGGAUAUGCAUAACAAUCCACUGAAUAAUGACUUGAAGGAAUUAACUUUCGAAUCGUUUUAAAACCCUAUUUUACGUUUGGAAGCCUUGAUUUGAUGCAACAUUUUUACAUAUUUGUGUCCAAAGAAAGAUUCUGAGAACUGUACUGCUAUAUUCGUUAAGGUAGAAAAAUGAUUCUACUUCAUUCUUUUCUAUAUCAUCAAAUAGAGGCAAUUCGUUGGUAUGAAUAGCUGUCAGAUUCCGAUCAAAAUGUUGCCUGCAUUCUUUACCUUAAUCUUGUUCUUACUUAUUAACUUUUCUGGAACAUCAUUUGUGUGUCCCAGUUCGUGCUACUGCGAUGACAAGGGAGAAUACGUCAGCUGCGUCGGAGAUGGCCUUUGGCGUUUUCCAGAGGACAUUCCAAAUUCAACUAUUCGUCUCGAACUCAGGAACUAUUUAGUGAAUGAGUUGUUACCCCAAGACCUGUGUGAUCUGGUGGUACUUGAAGAGUUAAAACUGCAGCAGUCUCAUAUAGAGAUAGUGGACAAUGCAACUUUUUCGUCAAACACAAAACUUGAAGGACUUGAUCUCAGUCAGAACUCUCUCACGAGUCUAAGUUCCUCGAUUUUCACAGAUUUGUCUCGCUUACGACAUCUUGAUUUAUCAUCCAAUUUCAUUGAAUUCAUGGAAGGAGCCUUUAUCGACUUGUUGAAUUUGGAACAACUCAACUUGAGGGACAAUCGGUUGCCACAGUUGACAACUCGUAGUUUCGUAGGUCUCCAUAAGAUUCAAUAUCUGAAUCUCGAUGCUAACAACAUUUCAACUAUAGAAGUAGGUACGUUUCAGUAUCUAACAAACUUAGCCCACCUCAUCAUCAGCAACAAUCCUUUGACAACACUCUCCAGGUUAGACUUUUUUGGAUCGAGACUUCAGUACAUCGAUAUUUCCCACGUAGGUUUAGAUCGAGUUCCACAGAGCUUAACAAAAUUUGUUCGUGAUCUGCGACUGGCAAAGAACAACCUAACCCAUAUAAGUGCUGGCGACUUUGAUAGUUAUCCUUAUUUGGGCCUGUUGGUGCUCGAUGACAACUGUGUAAGUGAAAUAGAAAAUGAUGCUUUAGGAAGACAAGAAUACCUCAUGAGGUUGUGGCUGAAUGGCAACUGUCUCACAAAAGUUCCACCAAAUCUUCCACCAAGUCUUCUUGCAUUAUACAUGGAAGAGAAUAAGUUAACCAGUCUAACCAGUUUUAGCUUCAAAGGUUUGGUGCAUUUAGAGCAACUGUUCUUGCAACGAAAUGAAAUCCAAGAUCUUUUCCCUUGUGCAUUCUGUGACUUGGUCAAUCUGAAGAGUUUGGAUCUCCAGGCAAAUCAAAUCGAAAAUUUGACAGCUGGUGUUUUCUCAAACUUAACUCAGCUGGAAACUUUAGAUCUUUCUCAGAACAACCUGAAAAUAAUGGACGCUCGAUGCUUCGACGGUUUAGCGAGAUUGAUUACAUUACAGAUGUCAAGAGUGCAUUCUUCUGUUCAAAUGGAUGAAGCAAUGUUUGAUCCACUACACAAUUUACAAACAUUGGAAGUAUACGACAGCUCACUUUUGGUUCAUACAAUUUUGAAUUCCACUCGAAUGCUGCAUGGAUUAAGAAAAGUGCAAGAAUUGAAUAUAAUGCAUAAUCGAAUAGUGAAACUGAGAGCAGAUUUUUCAUCAUUUUUCCCUUCUUUGAAACUUAUUAAAAUGAGUGGCAACCUCUGGAAUUGCGAUCAAGACAUUAAAUGGUUAGUGAAUUGGAUUAAACAAUCAAAUGUGCAAUUCUACAGCAGUUUUAACAUACGAUGUGCCAGUCCUGAAUCAGUGGUAUUUAAGCCUUUAAUGAUGUUAACAGAUGGAGACUUUACGACUGAGAGCACUUCUGUUUACACAUCAGAAGCUACAACUUCGUCUUCAACCACACAACUCAUCGAAACUCCUACUUUGGUUGAACAUGUAUCCAUUGUCUUUAAAAAUAUAUCUUCUGUUUCUCUUUCCGUGUCUACUUCUAGUGAAAGUAGCAGUGCAUCUACUACUGAGGAAAUAGCAUCAUCAACCGAACAAACUACACAUGAUAAAAAGAUUUCUGAUAAUUCAAAGUCGACUACACCUUAUAUGCAUCCUUCUUCGGAACCAACUAACAACGAUACUGUUUAUAAUGCAACGCCAUCAAGCGUAACAUCGACUUCUGUACUCACAACUAAGCAACAAGUUAUAACAACAAAUAUCCCAACCAAGAUUUCGAUAAGUACAGAGGAUACCUUGAAGCAGUCCCCAUCCCUAACAUCUCCGGCGGCACGAAAAUCCUUCAAUGUGACUGCUUUUGCCAGAAGAUCGAAUAGCAGUUUCACUCACACUUAUUCCUUGCUUUCUCAACAAGGGAUGAAAAUUAAUAAGGAUCCGCGUACUGACCGCGUCUUCUUCAUUUUUUUCGGAACUGUUGCUGCAUUGUUGCUUUUUUGUGCUCUCGGUGCUCUAAUAAUAUGCAAAUGUCGCCAUCCAUACCAACCAGUGAAACAGAGAAGAAGUAGCAUCUCAUACUAUCCUCAAAAGGACGAAGUAUCCAUAGUAACUCUCACCGAAGGUACGAUUGGAUUGCGAACGAAUUCACACCAUGGAUUGGGAAAUAAACUCUAUUACAUCAUGGAAAAUGACACACCAAACCCAGACAGAGAUACACCUUCAGAUUCCCAGCUGCAAGAACUCUUGCCACAAUCUCCUACAGAACAAAAUCGGCUGUACUGAGAUGGAAUGUACCACAUCAAGAGGUGCUUAAAUGUGAAGGGGGGAAACAUUUUCCCAUCAGUCAGUUUAAGUGUGCUGUGCUUCUGUUUUCUGCUCCAGAGUCGAAAAGAACUGGCGUAACUAUUUUUAUAUAAAAGAGUGCAGAGAUUCUAAAAAAAACUUUCAGAGGUUUUAACAGAAAAUGAAUGAUACAAAAGUGAAAAAUGAUGGAUUCACUGUCAAUUUUGUUCGACAUUCGUGAGCUUUAGAUAUGCCAUUGGCAGAAAAAUAAAUUAUUCUAAAGCUGUCAGGUGAAAUGGCUGAUACGAUUGUGUGGAUUUAUUGCAAAGGAUUGUAUUUCUUCUGUGAAAAAAAAUAUUAACAAGAUGUUUCAUGACUCGUCUCGGUCUUGUGAAGCUGCAAUUUACGGAACACUUAAUAGCGUUAGUAACAUACUUAAUGAAAUGUAUACAGAAAAGCCCUAAUGAAAGGUAACUGAAAAAUGUACAUGUAAAAGAAAACUUAUCCGAUAUUUAUGUGAUUGCUAUUGAAAUGUUUAAAAAAAAAUAUGCAUUUUAUCCAAAAUAUUUUACAUUCCAUACAUUCGAAAACUGUACAUCUCUGUAAUAUAUGUUAUUUUUAAACUUAUUAUUUGGAAACAAUAUGCAUGUUAAUUGCUUUGACUAAUAUUUUGUCAAAUCAACGGCUUUAUCGACAUGCAAAAUUUUUGUGAGUACAUUAGCAUUGUAGAAACAAACACAUAAACGAUAUCAUUCAUCCCAUUUAUUCCACUACCUUUCAUUUUGUGUUAUAAAAAUCUUCAAAAAAAACUCCACUGUUAUCUUGUAUUAUUUA